AUGGUCCCGCAGCAGCAGCAAUACCAGCAAUACCAGCAAUACCAGCAAUACCAGCAUUACCCGCAACACCAGUCUGGUAACGUCUUCCCUGAUGCGGAUCUAAUGAGGUUUCCUUCGAACUCCAGUCAGGCUACUUUAGGCCAUGGCCCUUCGCAUCCUGUGGGAUAUCAGCCUUCAGGAAACGCUGGCCAGGAAGAUGCCUUACGACCUGAGGACUUCCAGAAUGCCGGUCUGAACUUGGACGCAUUUCAGAAUCGGGUGCCUGAUGAGAAUGGCGGGGACAUCCAAUUCCUGUCCGACUUUUCGGAAUUCCAGAACUUCUUGUUGGGGACAUCUGGGGAUAUGGCUCCUCUUGAACCGUCGGAUCGGGGGUACAGCCUUGAUCAGAUGGCUUCACGUCCGAUCUUCCAUCGGUAUCCCGCUCCUGUUCCUGCUCCCGGUUACCAGCAACCCCUUCCGGAACCUACCUAUGCCGGCUACAACACCGCUGGGGCUUACCAAAGUCCAUACGCGCCGAUCAUAUAUGCUCCACAGCAGGCGCAUUUUCAGCCUACGUUCCAGCCGGUCCCGAUGUACGCGCCAGGCUCCGUCAACAACAAUUUCGUACAGCAGCCGGGCCCGAUGUAUGCCCCAAGCUACGUCAACAACUUCGUCGUACAGCAGCCUCAACCGCCGCCGGCCGCGCAACAACCCCAGGCCAACUACCCUGCCGCCGCCUACAACCCACCUGCGGCUUACACAGCACCUUCCUCGCGACAGCCAGGAACUUACAACGGCAGCACUGGGCAGGCGCAACAGUUGGAUGCGGGAACCAGGCGGCGACGGUCAAGCUUGUACCUGACUACUGAGGAAUGGGUUGAGGCGCAGCGAAGGCAGCGUCCUUCCGGUGAAUGA